AUGGACGCCGAUACCGUCAUGAGACACCUGGGUGUCUUCGAGGACAAGACAACCAAGAACCAGCGCGAUUCACCUCUCCUUCGUCUCCCCGCCGAACUCCGCAACAAGGUCUACGACCUGGUACUCUUAAACACUCAAGUCUGCAUGAGAAUGCCGCGUCUAUACGCUGAUGCUCAUAAUCACCGAGGAAGUCUAGCACUAUUGUCUACCUGCCGCCAGCUCCGCCAUGAAACAUCUUCAACUUUCCACACAAUGGCCGUGUUCAAAGUCAGCACCUUUGUUCUAAAACAGUUGAGCGGAAGCUAUCUCAUUCACAACUCAGAACGUUGGAAUUCAAUCCAAUCGAUUCAGAUGCGCGGUUACGAGGUGGAGCGAUGGUGCAAUUUCGCGGAUAUCUACCAUUACGAGACUCCAAGGAAUUUGGGUAGAAAAGGCAUGUACAUCGGCUUUCUUCCAUCACUGAAGAAUAUUCUCGUAGUCUAUCAUGUUGAUGAUGACGACGAUUGUUGGGGAUACAGCUACCGUGCAAUCGCCGACAUUCUGAAGUUGCAUUUUGGAAAGAGUAACCUUUGCGUCCGCAUUCAGGCCGACUCUUAG